AAACUGGUGGUUUCAAAGCCCGACAUCGAUCAGUGCUUUCCAAUCAGAAAGAAAUCCACACCAAAAUGCAGAUUAUAAUAAGAGAGAGAAAACAUAUCCCAAUCCCCCUACUUCUCUCUCUUUUUUGCCAUUAACCAGCUGUAAGAACAGUCGCUGCUUUCAGCUAUGGAGUCUCAAGGCCUUGGCAGAAACAUACGGGUAGGUUAUACAAUGCACACGAAAUCCGACUCGGAUGUUACAAGUCUCGACCCGUUGUCGCCGCCGCGGUCUCCACGGCGGCUCCUCUACUACGUGCAGAGCCCGUCGCAGCACGAUGUAGAGAAAAUGUCGUAUGGGUCAAGCCCUAUGGGUUCUCCACAUCACUACCAUUGCUCUCCCAUUCACCACUCUCGUGAAUCAUCCACCACCAGAUUCUCAGCUUCUCUCAAAAACCCUAGGAACGCUACAGCUUGGAAAAAAAUACACAGAGAGCUCGACGAGGGAGACAAAGACAACGACGAUGAAGACGCAAGUCCGUGGGAUUCCGGCGACGUCAAGAGGUUCUAUGUGGUUUGUUUUGUUUUUUCAUUCGUUGUUCUGUUCACGGUGUUUUCCUUGAUCUUGUGGGGCGCAAGCAAGCCAUACAAACCCAUAAUCUCCAUGAAGAGUAUAGUGUUCGAAAGCUUUAAUAUACAAGCAGGGAUGGACAACUCGGGAGUGGCAACAGAUAUGAUGUCAUUGAAUUCGACGGUCAAGAUUCGAUUCCGGAACCCAGCAAACUUCUUCGGCGUCCAUGUCACUUCCACCCCGCUUCAACUUUACUAUUAUCAGCUCCAGCUGGCCUCUGGUUAUAUGGAAAAGUUCUACCAGUCGAGGAAGAGUCAGCGGGUGAUAACAGUGAUGGUGAAGGGGAGCCAAGUGCCGCUUUACGGAGGUGUAUCUGCGGUUAACGGUGGAGUAAAACAGGACCUACAGAGUAUCCAGGUGCCGUUGAACCUGACGUUCCUGGUUAGGUCGAGGGCUUACGUUCUCGGGAAGCUUGUGAAGCCCAAGUUCUACAGGACCAUCCGUUGCGCCGUCACCUUGCAAGGCAACCGGCUCGGCAAGCCACUCUCCUUGCUCAAUUCUUGUUUUUAUCAAUGAACCUUUUUAAACUGUUACUCAUCAAAUGGAACUCUCAAACUCCUUAUUGAUCGUCUUAUGAGUAUUAUUAAUUACCUGUUUUAUAA